UGAAGUGUUGGUGUUGUGUGGAGGGAUGAGGCACCUGGAGACUUGGAAGCCCUUCUGCUUUCCAGUGUGGAACAGCAUGGAGCCCUUGAGACUCAGGAAGUCCAAUGCAUUUCACAUCCUCCUGUCUGGCAGAAAGUAAUGCUUGGGUCUGCUCUACAAUCACCCUUCUGCAGCUCUAUCUGAAGGCCAUAGCUGCCCUUCAGGAGUUGGAAGUGGGUGAGACUUACUUGCAUCUGCUUACUGAGCAAGACAUACUGCCACUACCAUGGAGGGGAUUGUGACUAUGUAUCAGGACUUCAUGAAAAAAGCAGACCCCCGCAUUGCUGAUUAUCCACUGAUGCAGUCCCCAUUCCUUGUGUUGGGCAUCCUUCUGGCAUAUGUCUACUUUGUACUCUCCUUGGGUCCCCGGCUAAUGGCAAACAGGAAGCCUUUAAACCUGAAGAAGUUCAUGGUGCUAUAUAACUUCUUCCUGGUGGGACUCUCACUCUACAUAGUCUAUGAGUUUCUGAUGGCAGGGUGGCUUACUGGGUACACCUGGCGAUGUGACCCUGUGGACUUCUCACAGGACCCCAAGGCCCUCAGGAUGGUCAGUGUUGCUUGGCUAUUUGUCUUUUCCAAGUUCAUUGAACUGACAGACACGGUCAUAUUUGUGCUGAGGAAGAAAAAUGAACAGGUCACAUUCCUGCACCUUUUCCACCACUCUGUUCUGCCCUGGAGCUGGUGGUGGGGAGCAAAGUUUGGACCAGGGGGAAUGGGAUCAUUCCAUGCCAUGAUCAAUUCCAUGGUGCAUGUGGUCAUGUACUUCUACUAUGGGCUCUCAGCAGCAGGACCUGCCUUCCAAAAGUACCUGUGGUGGAAAAAGCACAUCACAGCCAUCCAGCUGGCACAGUUCGUGAUUGUCUCCGUCCACAUCUCCCAGUACUACUUCAUGCCCAGCUGUCAGUACCAGUUUCCCAUCUUCAUCCACCUUAUCUGGAUUUAUGGGACCAUCUUCUUCAUCCUCUUCUCCAACUUCUGGUACCAGUCCUAUACCAAAGGCAAACGAUUGCCCAGGGUGGCUCAGCAAGCAGCCCAGCACAAUGGUAGCAGCAUCCAUGAGAAUGGCAGUGUCACCAAUGGCAAGGUUAAAGCCAACUAGAGGGCAGCCUGGCCCUCCCAGAGCCAAUGAGAGCCCCGGGGCAGAGGCAGCUGGGACCUGUUACCCUGCUCCUGGGUGCUACUAGCCAAGUCAAGUGCCUACAGACUGUUGUACCCUUGUGCCCAGCCCUGCUGUCCUCUGUCUGCAUGCCCAGCUCCUCUGCUCUGAGCAGCCGUGGGCAACUUCUGCUCUUGGGAGGGCUUGUGCUGUUUCUCACUGUUGUUGAACAGAGAGACAGCUGCCUGCAUCACAACUUGGGGCUGCAGUCCCAUUCCAGUGUUUCCAAAGGAAUUCCCCCAAGUGCCUGCAUCUGGCCCUUCUGCAUGGGGGCCAUUUCCUUCUGAGUAGGACCAAAAGAAGAGACUGAUCCCUGUCCUGGUGCCCUCUCCUCUUCCCUGGCUCAUUGGAGCCUGUGUGGAUGAAGUGACUUGUCCCUGGUUGCUUGCUGCUGCCAGCUCAAGUGUGAAUGCUCCUGCUCUACCAUGCCUUGUGCAACUUUGUUCCACGCCACAAUGCUGUGUGUCCCUUAUGGUCCCUGUAUACCCCGGUGGUGGUGAGGGGGUCCUGCCCUGGUGUCUGUGCUCAGGUGUGGCUGUGGAGAAUGUAGGGGCAGCAGGUAUGUGGUACUUGAAGGCCCAGAGCUGCCCAGUACAAUACACAUGCCUUAUGCCUAGUACGAAGUGGGGUUGUGACAGCCUGAAAUGCCUCUACCAUAUAAUAAGCCCAGGUUGCCUUGCAUUUCUUUCCUGUGCCUGGGUGGAGUGCUGAGCAUGUGCUUUUGGCCAUGCUUAUGUGUGAUCCAGAAUAGCAGCUGGUGGCUUGUUCUGGAGUAAGGGAGGCCAAGCUCACUGUGCUUUGGGUGACUUACAUUCCUGCAAGCUCAAGACUUGAGCAGUAAUUGCCUCUAGAGUUGUCUGCUGGGCUCUCCUGCCUGGAACUGGCUCUGCUCUGGUCUGAUGUGAGCACAGUGGAGGAUUGUUGUAGUGUACUCUGCUAUGGUGUAGUGAGGAACACCUCUUGCCUUUGUGGAUUCUGCUAGGCUUGAGUGAAGAUGUGCUCUGCCAUUCAGCAGGGCAGUGCAGCAGCUCUCCUGGGCCUGGUGCUUGUUGCCUGCUCUGACUAACUAAAGCUAUGUUAGUAGCCUUGAGGAUGAGGUGAAGGAGCCAGGCCCAGUCAGAUUGGGCUGCUCUUCUAUCACAAAUAAACAGACAGAAGGAGAAAUGG